ACUUCCGGUAACGUCUAAACUGACAUCAAAUUGUCAACAAUAAUCAUUCCUUUGCUAUUUGUUGUUAUUGAUUUUACUUCCUGGACUGAAAAUUGUUAUGAGUUAAAGCAAGAUCUUUCAGAACUGUAUAAGAAGAAAACUGGAGUCUACUGAAGUAAUCAACUGUCCUGAGUUUGAGCGUCAUCACCUACUGUAACAUUGAAUUAUCAGAAUGGAAACUGUUGAUGGCUUGUCCUGAGGCGGUAUGUAACAGCCCUGUUUUGUCAGACUUACAACACGAUGGAUCCCUCGUAUAGCCCCAGUGAUCUGGGUGCAGACCCUCUCAUCCUCGAGAAUGAUGGCAAACAGUUUGCAUAUCAGGCAGUAGAGAAUGACAAGGCCGGAAGAUAUGACACCGCUAUGUUUUACUAUAAUGAAGCUGCUCAGGCCCUUCUGUCGGCAGCUCUAGCCGGUUCCACCAUGACAGGCAUCAUCACGCGUGCCAAUGAAUACAUUCUCCGUGCAGAGGAACUAAGAUCAAAUCUCCAAGCAGCACCAGCAAAUCAGGGACAAAAAUCUCAGGAAAAGAUGGAUUUGGAAAGAGCAACAUUUCUUCUACACCAAGCCUUUGAUGAGGACGAGGCGGGGAACGAGACAGAUGCCCGUGAGCUAUAUACAGAAUCCUGCGACCUGUUCCUUAACAUUAGAAAGGCAGCUAUGGACAGGAAGGACAAGAUACUGACAGAUAAGGUCACAGUCAUGGCAACAAAGGCACUGGAAAGAGCUGAAGAACUGAAGAAAAGGGAAGAGGGUCCUGUAAAGAGCCCAAAUACAGCAAAAUCACCCCAGAAUGAGGGGAAACCUAUGCCUCCAUUAGGAUAUGGGGCGUUUCUUGAUGACGAGGAUGAGAAAGGUGCACCACAACCUAUUCGUCAGAAUGUGAGGCCACAGGGUCAACCCUCUACUGGACUGGUCAAUGUGGGACCCUCAGGUUAUACAAAAGAGGAGAUAGCCACCAUCAGGAAAACAUCCUUCAUCAACAGUCGGGAAUAUGUGCCUUUUAUGAGUGUAGACAUGAAGGAAAAGUUUGCCUACCCUAUGCCUUUUGAAGAUAGACACGGAAAACUAAGUCUCUCUCCGAAACAGAAGAAGAAUUUAUCAGGUUGGGUACGACCAGAAGAUUUCCAGGAUGACCCGAAACUGAUUCUAGCUAUUUCUAGUUUUAGCAUCAAACAAACUGUCGUGUCCGAUUGCAGUUUUGUAGCUUCCUUGGCCAUCAGUGCACAGUAUGAACGUCGUUUUAAGAAGAAGCUGAUCACAAGCAUCAUCUACCCACAGAACAGGCAGGGACAACCUGUGUAUAACCCAUGUGGCAAGUACAUGAUCAAACUCCACAUUAACGGAGUCCAGAGGAAGGUUGUGAUCGAUGACUUCUUGCCGAUGGGACGGGAUGGCCAGCUGCUAUGUUCCUUCUCCAAUAAUAAAAACGAACUGUGGGUGUCACUGCUUGAGAAGGCUUACAUGAAAGUGAUGGGAGGGUAUGACUUCCCUGGCUCUAAUUCAAGUAUAGACCUACACGCUUUAACUGGUUGGAUCCCUGAGAGGGUAGCCUUGCGCAAAAAGUCCAAGGACUUUGAUGCUGACAGAGAAUUCCGACGGAUAUUAGAUCGUUUCCACAAAGGCCACUGUCUCAUCACCAUAGCAACAGGAGAACUUUCGGAGGACGCAGCAGACCGAGCCGGACUUGUACCAACUCAUGCCUACGCAAUGCUGGACAUAAGAGAAGAAAUGGGGAAGAGAUUGUUCAUGUUGAAGAACCCCUGGAGCCACCUGAGGUGGAAAGGCAAAUAUGCCGAGACAGAUAUGGCAAAUUGGACACCUCAGUUACAAAAACUCCUCAACUAUGACCCAAAGAGUGCUCAGACCUAUGACAAUGGUGUUUUCUGGAUAGACUAUGAUUCCCUCCUCCAUUUUUUUGAUGUUAUAUACCUCAACUGGAGUCCAGAACUCUUCAAAUAUACACACUGUGUUCACUCGACUUGGACAGCUAAGGAGGGACCAAAGAAAGACUCUUAUAACAUCAGUGACAACCCACAGUACAGACUGGACGUCAAGACAGCACAUCCAGCAGCCAUCUGGAUAUUGCUGACAAGGCAUAUCACAGACAAGGAUGAUUUUGCAGACAAUAAAGAGUUCAUCACUUUACUGGUGUACAAGACUGGCGGUAAAAAGGUCUUCUAUCCAUAUUCACCACCUCCGUAUAAGGAUGGAGUGAGGAUCAACACACCACACUACCUGUGUAAGAUGGUGGAGGAGAAAGGCAGUACCAGUUAUACCCUGGUAGUGUCACAGUACGAGAAAAACAACACCAUCCACUACUCAUUGCGUGCCUAUUCUUCCUGUGAGUUCACCAUGACGAAGAUACUGGACCCCUACCAAAAACAGUUUGACAAAAGGAUAAAUGGCCAGUGGAAGGGCAGAUCUGCUGGAGGCUGCAGUAACUAUACUGAUACUCAUAACCUCAACCCUAUACACCAAGUACAGUUGGACAACAGCACGACAGACAACUACCUCAUGAUUGAACUCCUGGGGCCAAAGCAGUACAGUGUUGGAUUUGAGGUGCGAGCAGUCAGUGAGAAUGUUCCCGGAGCUCCAGGGACAUUCACCAAGACAACGUCUGGAGAUUUCCGUCCUGGCUACUGUGUACUACAGUUAGAGAAAAUAUCAGGGGGCGUUUACAACAUAAUGCCAUGUACCUUUCUGCCCAAUCAGGACGGGCCGUUCUUCCUCGAUAUCAGUAGUGCUAAACACUUCACUGUGGCUCAGAUACAGUGAUCAAUGGCAUGGUUUUCAUAUUUAUUGAGGAAUUUGCUCACGUCUUAAGUGCUAGACUUUGAUCAAGUGACCACUGGUUAAGUGUGUACAAAUGUAGAUGAUAUUUGUCCAUGACUAUAAUGUUAUCAAAGCACUAAAAAAUAACCUUGUUCAAGCACAGUGACCAAUGGUCAAGUUUUUUAUCGUGAAUGACACAUUGACAAACAUCUAUAAAGUGCUAGGACUUAACAUUUGAUUACUGUCUGGCACAGUGAUCAAUGCCUAGGAUUUCAUCUAAGUCAAGAUUUUCACUAUCAUCAAAAGUGCUCAGCACUUUCCUGUCACUGGUGCUAAAUGCAAAGAACUUGGCAAAUGUGUUGGGUAGAAGUUGUAGGGAUUGACUGUUAAAUAUAAACAAUAGUUAACAGUUCUUCAGCUGAGAUACAGUGACUUAUGAAUUAGUUACCUGCAUUGAAAGACAGAAACCUGGGGACAAAAUGAGGCUCCAGAACAAAGACUUGGGAACGCAAUUCUGGUAGAGACAUAAUCUUUCCCAUACCAAGGGGAUGAUGUAGGCUACGGAUGCUCCAAACGACACCAAUCUAGGAUCCCGGAGAUAUCGUUCUGGCAUAAUGUAUGUGGUGGCAUUUCAAUGGUAUCACAUCAGCUAUGAAUAUGAUGUCAUAUUUGAGAAAAGAGGAUCAAAGAAAUUCCAAUGUCAGCCAUGCCGAAUUGCCUUAAUCUGAAAACAUUUUAACAAAUCUCACAAAACAAACUGAAGAUAUAAUCAUCACCUUUUAUCAGAACAUUCCCGAUGUGCUAGAGCGUGAUAACUGAGACAUCUGAUUGUUACAGUGGGUUUUUUUCUUUGGACAGAAAGGGAUUGUUGAAAUGUGAUUUAUGAUCUCAAGCACCAUGGACAUCUCUGUCUUUGCCAGGAGAUUAGAUUAAAGACACAGGAAGCAGUGCCAUUGACUGUCGUUGUUAGUGUAUAAAAAAAUUGUGAACUGUUGUGAUCUCUUUCAGCUGUGAUAUACACCGUAGCUAUUAUUUCCUCUGUUGGACUUCAAUUAUAUACACAGAAGUUUGAUUUAUACCCAACAGAUAAAUUGUUGAUGUAACAUCUCAUAGAUUUUUAGGUAUUGCUAGCCAUUGAAUAGGUUCCCAUAACAAAGACUACAGAAAUUUAUACUUCAAGCGCUAAAUGAGCUAGUUUCUGUUGUUUUAAGUUUCAUUAAAUAAUUUUAAAUAUUGAUGGAAUUUUCAACUAUUUUCCCAAUUCUAUUUGAAAAAUGAAAAUUUUUGGAGGUUUUCUCCUCAAAUUUUGUGAAAAUGAUGCAUUGUUUUGUUAUGUCCGUUUGUUUGCACAGAAUUUCGUCUUCACUCUACCUUCUUAACACUUUCACCACUGAGGACCACAAUGGACUCAUCCAGAUAAAGCAAUGGUAGAGUCUACUAAAGUCACCAAGGGGUGAAAGGGUUAAUGGUAUAACUGUCUGCUAAACAAAAUGACCAGGUAAAAGUAGAAAUUCAUUAAAAAAAUAUUGAGAUAAGUAUUACAUAAUCAAGUGCAUAUUAUAAUUAAAGAUAAUGAAGUUCUAGAGUGCAAA